AUGGAUGACACCGGUCUACCCCCAAGCUGGGAAGUUCGGCACAGCAACUCCAAGAAUCUGCCCUACUACUUCAACGCGACAGAUAAAGUCUCUCGCUGGGAGCCGCCGCCAGGCACAGAUACGGAGAAGCUGAAGCGAUACAUGGCCCUGCACCACUCGUCUGCAACGGCACCCGCGGCUGGCAAACCGGCAGACAAGAUCCGGGCCGCGCACCUGCUGGUCAAGCACAACGAGAGCCGGCGCAAGUCGUCGUGGCGCCAGGCCGACAUCACGCGGAGCAAGCAGGAGGCCGAGGACAUCAUCAAGGGGUACGAGGCGCGCAUCAAGCGGGGCGAGACGACGCUGGGCGAGCUGGCUACCACCGAGAGUGAUUGCAGCAGUGCGAGGAAGAGGGGGGACCUGGGCUAUUUUGGAAAAGGCGACAUGCAGAAGGAGUUUGAGGACGCCGCGUUCGCGCUCCAGCCAGGGCAAAUGAGCGGAGUCGUCUCGACGGCCAGUGGUCUGCAUCUGAUUGAGAGGCUGGAGUAA